AUGCGAGCCGGCGGCUGCGCGGUGCAGCAGGCGCUGGCCGCGGAGGCGGCGGCCGUGGUGCGGCAGGCCGUGGCGCUGGCCCGGCGGCGCGGGCACGCGCAGGUGACCCCGCUCCACGUCGCCAGCGCCAUGCUCUCGGCGGCGGGGCUCCUCCGCGCCGCCUGCCUCCGCUCCCACUCCCACCCGCUGCAGUGCAAGGCGCUCGAGCUCUGCUUCAACGUCGCGCUCAACCGCCUCCCCACCGCCGGCCCCGCCGCCGCCGCCGUCAUGUUCCACCCCGUCCACCACGGCGGGCACGGGCAGCAGCACGCGCCCGUGCUGUCCAACGCGCUCGUCGCCGCGUUCAAGCGCGCGCAGGCGCACCAGCGCCGGGGCGCCGUGGAAGGAGGGCAGGGACAGGGACUGCCGCCGCAGCCGGUGCUCGCCGCCAAGGUCGACAUGGAGCAGCUCAUCAUCUCCAUCCUCGACGACCCCAGCGUGAGCCGCGUCAUGCGCGAGGCCGGUUUCUCCAGCUCCCAGGUCAAGGCCAACGUCGAGAAGGCCGUCUCGUCGUCGUCGUCGCCGGAACAUCAACCGAACACGACGAUACCACCCACCAACGGCCACGCGACGGGCUCUCCUGCGGCAGGUUCCAGUCACGCAAGCAGGCGCCCCAACAAGUCCGACGACGACGCCAUGCGCGUGCUCGACUGCAUGGCGAGCGGGACCAAGCGGUGCGUGGUGGUCAUCGGCGAGAGCGCGGCCACCGCGGAGGUGGUGGUGAAGGCGGUGAUGGACAGGGUCAGCAAAGGGGAGCUGCAGCAGCGGCACGAGCGGCUCAAGAACGUCCAGUUCGUGCCCCUCUCGGCCGCGUCCUUCCAGCGGAUGCUGAGGGAGGAGGUGGAGGCCAAGGCCGGCGACCUGCGCGCGCUCGUUCGCCAGGGCUGCGCCGCCGGGAAGGGCGUCGUGCUCGUCCUCGAGGACCUCGCGUACGCCGCCGAGGCCUGGGCCACCGUGUCCGAGAGGAGAAGACGCGGCGGCAGUGGCCGUGAACACGGUCAGUGCGGCUACUGCCCCGUCGAGCACGCCGUCAUGGAAGUGGGCAGCUUGGUGUCUGCCGCUGCCGGUGGCGCUGGCAGAGGCCUCGACAGGUUCUGCCUGCUAGGGUUCGGGAACAACCAGGCUUACAUGAAGUCCAGAGCAGGGCAGCCAUCUCUUGAGGCCGUCUGGGAACUGCACCCCGUCGUCGUGCCGGACGGCCGCCUCUCGUUGAGCCUCACCUGCAACAGUGAUGCCGAACAAGCUAAUCAAGAAAGAGCAACAAGGCCUUGGCCCUUCGCUAACGGCACUGCUACCGGCGAGAGUGAGCUCAUCACUUCCUGCACCAAGGUGGCGGCGACAACUCCGAGUGUGCCGCCAUGGUUUCAGGGGUACCAAGUUCAAGAUAUGACAAGACCGGCGAGCCGCAGCACCAGUUUUCAGAUUACUAACUCUCCAGACACUUCUUCCAUCUCCGGCUCCUUUGCCCCAAGCUUCAAUGCUGCCAGCUUGAUGAUGAGCUCCGAGCCAUGGCAAUUCAAGCUGAUGCAACCUUGCCCAAACUAUCGACAUGAUGACCCGGUGCCCAGGUCCUAUGAUCGUCAAUCAUUGCUUGCAAGGACUACUAGUCCAGAAAAAUCCUACUCGGUGUCCAACUCAUCCGAAGGUGCCCCAGCUGAGUUGCCAAAGUUCACGGAGCUCACCGCUGAGAAUCUCAAGAUCCUCUGCAACGCGCUUGAGAAUCGGGCUCCACAUCACAAGGACCAGGUUGCAGAGAUUGCAAGUGUCGUGCUCCAGUGCCGCUCGGGCAUGACAAGGAGGAGGAGGUGGUUCCAAGAGAAGCCAAGUUCAGUGACAUGGUUGCUCUUCCAAGGAGGGGGCAAUGAUGGCAAGAAAGCAGUGUCUCGGGAGCUUGCAAGGCUUGUCUUUGGCUCCUACAGCAAGUUCACCUCCAUCUCACUAGCUGAUGAGUCCACCCAUGUUCACUCGGAUUCCAGCUCCGGCGAGCCGAUGUUGAAGAGGCAAAGAUCACUGGACACUGGGCAUGGUUGCGUUCAGAGAUUGUAUGAUGCGAUACUCGAAAACCCUCAUCGGGUGAUAAUCAUCGACGGUGUUGAGCAACUGGACUAUGUGUCGGAGAUCGGCGUCAGGAAUGCGAUCACAAGUGGAAGAAUUAGGGGUUGCAAUGGUGAUGAGAUCAGUUUGGGGGGAUGCCAUCAUUGUAUUGAGUUGUGA